CUUCCCCGCCGCCUCCCAAACCCGCCCAAACGAAUCCUAGGGUUUCGCCGCCUCGCCGCGCCGACGCCGCCGCCGACGAAGGGAAGCUGCUGCCACUGCUGCCAGGAUGUUGGAGCUCAGGCUUGUGCAGGGGAGCCUGCUGAAGAAGGUGCUGGAGGCGAUCCGGGACCUGGUGACGGACGCCAACUUCGACUGCUCCGGGACGGGGUUCUCGCUGCAGGCCAUGGACUCCAGCCACGUCGCGCUCGUCGCGCUCCUCCUCCGCUCCGAGGGGUUCGAGCACUACCGCUGCGACCGCAACCUCUCCAUGGGGAUGAACCUCAACAACAUGGCCAAGAUGCUCCGCUGCGCCGGCAACGAAGACAUCAUCACCAUCAAGGCCGACGACGGCUCCGACACCGUCACCUUCAUGUUCGAGUCGCCCAACCAAGAUAAGAUUGCUGAUUUCGAGAUGAAGCUAAUGGACAUCGACAGCGAGCACCUCGGCAUCCCUGACUCUGAGUACCAGGCCAUCGUGCGGAUGCCGUCCGCUGAGUUUUCCAGGAUUUGCAAGGAUCUGAGCAGCAUCGGCGACACUGUUAUCAUCUCGGUGACCAAGGAGGGCGUCAAGUUCUCCACCGCUGGAGAUAUUGGAACUGCUAACAUUGUCUGCAGGCAGAACAAGACCGUUGACAAGCCAGAAGACGCUACUAUUAUAGAGAUGCAAGAACCAGUCUCACUAACCUUCGCCUUGAGGUACAUGAACUCCUUCACCAAGGCGAGCCCACUCUCUGAUCAAGUGACAAUCAGCCUUUCGUCUGAACUGCCAGUGGUGGUUGAAUAUAAGGUUGCUGAGAUGGGCUACAUAAGAUUUUAUCUCGCACCGAAAAUUGAAGAAGAUGAGGAAAUGAAGUCAUAAUGCAACAUAGGGAUAUGCCAAAUGUUGCCUACCUUUUCUUCUAGGUCGUCAAACCAUCCUCUGCUUAACAUUUGUUUGUAAGCAAAAAUGAUGUUAUGCUUAUAUCAUCGCUUACGGCGGAAUGCUUUAGCUUUGUAUCUGUGACUUCUGUAAAUCCGUGGAUUUACAGUUCUGAAUGUUAGGUUUAGUAGAUUUGUGAGUUGUGACUGCAUGGAUGUAGCAUGUUUGUGCUGCAAUUUGCUCGUUCAUUUCGGUGGUUACAUAUUUGUUGGAGAA